UAACCCAAGUUUGUAAAAAUGGAUUAAACAAUUCGUGUAAUCAAUGAAAUAUUAGAAUAAAUAUUAUGAGGAAUGUGGAAUCACAUUUGUUGGGAGACAGAAUGGAUGAGGCAGUGACACAUUAUAUUAAUUCCCAUCAACCCCCAGAGCAAGCUGUUCAUGUGGAUGCCAACUCCUUAUCCCUAAAUGUCCAAGAAGACGAGAAUGGACGCGUGGUCACGGUUAUGCACUCACAAAAUUUCCCACAAGCAUGCAGGCAACUAUCAGUGGGAGAACAGAUGAACGAUGGGCCAUGGGUGGAGGAACUGUUGGAUGCUCGACUGGCGGCCAUUGUAGCGCAUUUAGCUCAGCCCAGCAGAACUACACAUCACCAGGGUCAUAAUCCUCAUCACAAGCAAAUACCAAACACGGUGAGAAAUGAUGUGGACACGUCAGUCAUUCUAGAUGGCUCUAUGAGACUGUUUAAUGGACACCCUUUGGAUCAACAACAAGGGUCAAUAGUAGUUGACGAGCAGACUCUGCCGCCAUUACCACCUCUACAGGAUAUGAAAAGAUGUACUGAAAAUAGCUGGUAUAAGGACAAAACUGUAUUAAAAGAGAAUGGUGAAAUGUUACCAGAAGAUAGCGGCGUUUUAGAAAUGGCGGCGAGUGCAUCUCCCGCGCAAAGUAAACAGAGUAAAAAGAGUUUGCCGCACAAAAAACGGAUUUCUAGGAAGUUGAAGAGAAAUACUGGCAACACUACGCCCAAUGAACAAACAGACAUAGUAGUAAUCCAGUGUGCGGAGGAUGUCCAACAAGAGGAGAUACUGCCGGAUAACUUUGUGGACUCUUUGCCGAGGCACACCACAGAACAUAUGACUGACGCUACUCAUGUAACUCAUAUGCGACCAAUACUAAUAUGUCAAUUGUGCGGCGACUUUUAUGGUGAAGAGCAACUGAAAUUCUAUCAACACUUGAAGCAGCACUAUGAACCUCAAACUUCCAUUAUUAUGGAGAACCCUGUUGUACCUGAUAUAGGAAUUGAUAAGAUGACAAACACAUGUAUAGUCGACAACGCAGCCACACUCCCCGAUUCCAUAGUGGAACUAUCUCUAGAGAACACAGUGCCAAAGACAAUGUACCAGCCCAUAGACAAGCACAUCCUCUACACCAACGAGAAGACGCUCUAUAAGCAAUACUCUAUGGGCAUAGACAAGGAUGUAGGGGAUUUAGACGAUACGUUGGAUAAAUUGGAGUUGUAUUGCUGUGUGAAGUGUAAUAAGUCGUUCAGGAAACAGAAGCAAUGCGAAGCGCAUAUUAAGGAGGCGCAUUCUACUAAGAUAGAAGACAUGGGUGAGUUCAGCGAACCCGAAGAUCUAAUGGAAGGCAUACACGUGGCGGUCGACGACCACGAUCACGACCAUGACCACGACCACGACCAUGACCACGACCAGAACGACCACGACGCGGUCGAACACUACGAGGUGUUACCGCAUCUGACUGUCGACAAUGGACACGUGCACCAAGAGCAUGUGCGGCAUUGGUACUCCCGCAGUACCGGCGCCAGCCCCGAGCUGUGUUCGUGCGCCGGCGCCGGCUGCUGCGCUGCGUGCGCGCACGAACAUCAGCCACUUCUAGUUACCAAAGAUGAAGUAAUACAAAGGAUACUAGACAGCGAAGUGCCUCAAGAGCCCCCACCAAUACAAGAACAACUCCCGAAAAUAACGCAAGUGGUCUCCACUAGGAAAGAUCAGAAGAAGAAAUCGCCUCAAAGCAGAUUCGAGUGUGUUCAAUGCGGCCGAGUGUUUAAACAUAGGAACAGUAUGAUGUAUCAUAUGCUGAUGCACAGUGAGAAGCAGCAGUCGUGUGAUGAUUGCGGAAAGAGGUUCUAUACUGCGGCUACGUUGAAGAUCCACCGACGCAUGCACGAAGGCGCUAAGCCGUUUCGCUGUGACGUGUGCGGACAACACUUUCGGCAGUCCGGAGAUCUGAAGUAUCACAAAACUUCUAAACAUUCUGAUGUCAAGCAGUUCAAGUGCGAGUACUGCGGCAAGGAGUUCGCCCGGCGCUACUCGCUGAGCCUGCACCGGCGCAUCCACACGGGCGAGCGCAACUACAAGUGCGACUUCUGCAACAAGAGCUUCCGCGCGGCCUCCUACCGCCAGAUACACAUGCGCACGCACACCGGUGAGCCCCUACAGAGUGACAGACAGAAAGCGCAACUACAAGUGCGACUUCUGCAACAAGAGCUUCCGCGCGGCCUCCUACCGCCAGAUACACAUGCGCACGCACACCGGUGAGCCCCUACAGAGUGACAGACAGAAAGCGCAACUACAAGUGCGACUUCUGCAACAAGAGCUUCCGCGCGGCCUCCUACCGCCAGAUACACAUGCGCACG